AUGGAUUCGAGCGAUGAGCGUAAUCUUCUGGUGUGGGAGUUCGCCCGGCUGGUGGGGGAGCUGCAGCCACGCGUCUUCGUCAUGGAGAACGUAGCGGCGCUGGCUACGCACCAGAAGUGGCAAAAUGUGCGAGAGCGUUUGAUGCGGGAGUUCAAAGACCACGGAUAUGAGGUCAACCAGCUGAUCCUCAACUCGCGCAACUACGGCGUCGCGCAGUCUCGGGAGCGGGUGUUCUUCAUCGGCACUGCCAAGCACAUCGACCCGAUCAGCGCUGUCGACCCGCUCGACCCGUGCAUGUACACCGUGUACGACGUGCUCAAGGGCCUGCCCCCGCCGGGCAAGCACCCCAACAUGGGCGCGUGCAAGGCCAAGGUAACCCUUGCACGCAAUCCGGAUCUGCGCAAGUCGCCCUACGCCGGUCUGUUGCUCAAUGGAGGCGGCAGGCCGGUGAAUCUCCACGCACCGAUCAACACCCUUCUGGCCUCGAUGGGCGGCAACAAGACGCCGGUCAUCGACGAGCAGGCGCUGCGCUCCGGCGGGCCCUCGUGGUUCGAGGAGCACCAUCAACGGCUCACCAGAGGCGAAGAGGUCUCUUCGGAGGAGCCUCCGCCCUACAUCCGCCGCCUGUCCGUCACCGAAGCCGCCCUGCUCCAGUCCUUUCCGCUCACAUUCCAGUUUGUCGGCUCACAGAGCUCGCAGUUCAGACAGAUCGGGAACGCCGUGCCGCCCAAGCUGGCGCACAGCAUUGCCGCCGCCGCUGCGCAAGUCUUGCGCAGUGACGCCGCCAAGAAAUAA